GUGGCGGAAGCGCACCGCGGGAGCCAACAUGGCGGCGCACACGCUGCGCGGCUUAUGCCAGCAGCGGCUGAAGUUUCUCGCCGCCCGGUUCUCGCAGCGGGCCGCCGCCGGGACCGAGUACCGGAGCGCCUAUAGCCUGGACAAGCUGUACCCGCCGCAGCAGGACGGUGCCGCCGCCAGCGCCCCCGAGGAGACGCAGCCGGGCACCCUCGACAUCCCCCUGGCUCGCCUGACCGUGUCCUACUGCCGGAGCAGCGGCCCUGGAGGGCAGCACGUUAAUAAAGUGAAUACCAAGGCAGAAGUUCGGUUCCACCUGGCGUCAGCAGACUGGAUCCCAGAAGCUGCCAGACAAAAAAUGGCAUCGAUGCACAGGAACAAGAUAAACCGAGCUGGUGAGCUGAUUGUGAACUCUGAAGAGAGCCGCUACCAAAUGAGGAAUCUGGCAAUUUGUUUAGAAAAGAUCAGAACCAUGGUCACAGACGCUACCGAGAAGCCCAAGGUGGUGUCUAAGGAGACUACACAGAAACUCAUAGAGAGGGUGGAAAAAAUGAACCGUGAACGACUACGACAGAAAAAGAUACACUCAAAUAUAAAACAGAGCAGGAAGGCAGACUUUGACUGAGAACAGCGGAGAUCAAAGUCCUCAGCGUACCAUUUUUUUAAAGAAAUGGCGUUGGCAGCUGUAGAUGAUGCUAACUCAUGAGCUAUAUUGAAUAAAAAUGGUCUAAGCAUGUAAAUAAAAAUAUUUAAUAUCUCCUUUU